AUGAUGGAGCGUGUGUUCCUAUAUCAAUUGACAAUCGCUCAGCUCAGGUACUCAUUCACCAAGGUGUUCGAUAGAUUGAAGUCGUACUGCCAUGGGUACUUCCAGGAUGUGGUUCACAAUGGAGAGCUUCGAGACAAUCAUGCAGAAAUAUGGAAAGAUGGUAUUAAGCACAAUGUUCAUCUCAUUGUGGACGGGUCAGAGCAGAGGAUUCAAGUGCCGCCACACAAGACGAUCAAGGAUCUUGUUUAUUCUGGCAAGAAAUCAAUGUAUUCUUUGGCAGUGUUGGUCAUUUGCGAUAUACGUGGCAAGAUCGUGUAUGUAGGUAAGACAGAGGGAGGCGCCCAGCCUGACGUCUCGCUCUACAAGGAUGCUGCACCUAGACUACAGGCUCUGUUCGAUGAAGAUAUUGUCAUUCUCGGUGACAAAGGAUUCAAAGGAGGUCAGAAGUACUACACCAACACCAUCACCCCCAAGAUCAAGUCGGCUUCAUUGAUCGAUCAUAUGGAGUACACAGACAAGAUGAUCAGAAAACGCACGCUCGAUGAGCAUCGCCUGCGUCAAGGAAAGGAGGCGACCAAGGUAUCUAAGAAGUUGAAGGCAUUGGAAGCCAAGGUCACCAAAGAAGGAUUCGAUGCCGAGCGUAUCCUGAGAGAGAAAGAUGAGAGCAAUCGAAUCAAGAAGGUGAGGAUCAUCAUUGAGAAUGUCUUUGGAGAGAUGAAGAAAUGGAACAUAUUGUCAGACACAAUCAGAUCACUUGGCGACCUUUCUGACAACAUUCAACGACACAACGCACUCUGGACAAUUAUCGCAUAUUUGACCAAUAUGUUCCACUCCUUUGGACGAGACGACGAUUUCUUUAAGGUCUAA